AUGUCCGUCAUUGCUAUCGCUGGAGGUACCGGCAAGCUCGGCCGGUCUAUCCUCGACGCGCUCAAGGCUGUGGGCGGUCACCAGGUGUUUGUUCUCGCUCGCGAGGUAUGUCAAGAACCAUAUCCACCGUAUUACCAGGACAUCAGCUUACGAAAUGCAAAGGAAGCCCAAAUCGGCGCCAAGAUCCUCGCGGUGGACUACACCGACGUGGCCGCUCUCACGCGCGUUCUUGAGACCAACCACAUCGACACACUCAUCUCCACCAUCAACUCAUAUGACGGUACUGGUCCAGACAUGAUGUUGAUCGACGCGGCGGAGAAGUCGGAGGCCACCAAGAGGUUCAUCCCUUCCCAGUGGGGCAUCGCGUAUACCAAAGAAAUCCUCGAGAUCUUCCCCAAGGGCCGAGGCAAGAUGGAAGUCGCCGCUCGACUCGAGGACUCUCCCCUCGAAUGGUCAUCCAUCAACAUUGGCUUCUUUGCCGACUACUUCCUCAAUUCCCGUGUCCCGUCCUACCUCCAGCCCAUGCCCCUCUUCCUCGAUAUCUCCUCCAACGUCGCUGCCAUCCCCGGAGACGGCAACACCCCUGUCGCCCUCACUCACAGUACGGACGUCGCUGCCUUUGUCGCUCGUCUAGUCGGUGCACCCGCCGGUACAUGGUCCCGCGCCUCGGUCGUCGUCGGCGACAAGGUCACCUUCAACCAGCUCCUCCACCUCGUCGAGAGCGCCAAGGGCACCAAGUUCGCCGUAUCGUACGACUCUGUCGAAGCACUGCGCAAGGGGGAGAUGACGGAGCUGCCGGGGCACGUGGGCAUGUACCGGUUCAUGCCCAAGCCGAUGCUCCGGAGCAUGUUUGCCGCGUUUGGUAUCAUGUUUGCCUCGGGGCUGCUUGAUGUCAAGACGGACGAGGCGGAGGAAUCCCUCAAUAGGCGGUUCACCGAGAUGAAGACGAAGUCAAUGAAGGAAUUGGUGGAUGCUGCCUGGAAGGAGUAG